GCUCUGUGGGGCUGGGGCUCUGGGCUCUUAAGCCAAGGAGAGCAGCCGCAAGGGCUGUCCAGAAGAAGACCACUAGUCCUGUGGCCCCGGGGAGGCUGAAUCAGCUUCAGAGAGAGGGGCAAGCAUCCACAGUGGUCUGACUUUCCUCCACUGGCCACUUCCCUGGGGUCUCAGAGGGCUCAGAGGAGCUGGCCAUGCUCUUUUGCUCUGCAGAGGAUGCUGCAAGAGAAGGUCAUGCUUCUCAGAGACUUGCCAAGAGAUGAAGUUGAACCUGUUUGUUUCAAUCAAUGAGGCUGGAAAGCAAGCAGUUGCCUCACCUUCCUGUGAGGAGCAGUCUGCCUGGACCUCCACGCCAUGAACAGCACCCUGAGAGAUGCCCAGGCCCCGAGCCACCGGGAGUGCCUACUGCCUUCUGUGGCCCGGACUCCCUCUGUCACCCAGAUCACACCAGCCAAGAAGAUAACCUUCCUCAAGAGAGGGGAUCCCCGGUUUGCUGGGGUUCGCUUGGCUGUUGACCAGCGUGCUUUCAAGAGCUUCGGUGCUCUGAUGGAUGAGCUCUCUCAGCGCAUGCCUCUUUCCUUUGGGGUGCGCUCUGUCACUACGCCCCGGGGCCUGCAUGGCCUCAGUGCCCUGGAACAGCUGGAAGAUGGUGGCUGCUACCUCUGCUCUGAUAAGAAGCCCCCCAAAACACCCAGUGGACCAGGCUGGCCACAAGGGGGAACCUUAUCUGCUCAGCAGUCAAGGGAAUUUGAAAGCCGGGGUGAGGCACCAGGAACAUCCUCUUCCUGCAAGGGUCCUAAGGCCCCAAGAAGGAUCAUGCUGAUUAAGAAUGGGGACCCUAGGUUCCAGAAGACAGUGGUUCUCAGUCACAGAAAUACAAGGAACCUGACGGCCUUUCUCAGCAAAGCCUCAGAUCUUCUGCACUUUCCUGUGAAACAGGUGUAUACAACCAGUGGAGAAAAGGUGGACUCUUGGAAUGGUCUACUGCACAGCCCCUCGGUGCUAGUAUGUGCUGGUUAUGAGUCCUUCAAACCUCUGGCAAUGGAAGAUUCCAGAAGAUAUGGGAUUGAAACUUUAUCUGGGCAGACUUCAAGAAAUAAAACUGGAAGCUGGGGGCCAAAGGCCAAGCAGAGUGUGAUCCACUCAAGGUCCAGGUCGGGCAGUCGGCCACGGCGGUUUUCCUUGCUGUCGGAGAGGUCUGGUCUCAGUGACCCCCCAGUGUCCCUCCAUCACGCCCAGAUGGGCCCUGCUUCUGAAAGAUAUCCUCAGGACACACCCACCCAGCUUGGCCCAUUGGUGGCCAGUGAUGAUGUUGAGAAAAAGGUCCACAUGAAUGAGGAUGGCAGCCUGUCUGUAGAGAUGAAAGUCCGUUUCCACCUACUUGGCGAGGAUGCACUUCUGUGGUCCAGGAGGGUGGGGAGGGCCAGUGUCCUCACGGCAGCCAAUGGAGAGGUCCCUGUUCUGGGGGAGGUGGAUCCCCUCCACUGUGUGUGUGAGAGUCACCCUGGGGGCUCCUCGGAACCUGGAACACAAGGACUAGGGACCUGUGAGGCAGGAUGUGAGAAAGCCCUUGGCCGAGGCCGGUGGAAGCCAGGGUCUAGAUAUGAGAUAUGGAUGAACCCCCUGUACUCUGCCCAGGAAGAGGGGAUGGCCUCUCAGAGGAGAUCCAGGUUGACCCAACACUCCUAUUCCAGGAGGCCCUGGAGCCAAGGAGUCACCGGAAGGAAACGAAGCAGGAAAGACAGUGUCAGCCCUGACUCCAGUGACAGAUCCCCCAAAGACUCUGAGCCCAACUCCUCCUGCUGCUCUAGGUCUCUGGAGGGCAGCGUGGACAGCUGUGACCUACAUGCGGCCUCUGGGGCUGCCUCCCAGAGAGAAGCAGGGAGGGAAGCUGGCAGCAUGUGCAGGACUAGUAAAGGCCUGGGUCCACAGGGAACAGGGCAGGACAGAGAGCACCAUAGAUGCCUGAAGCAGCAGAGUGGAGGCACGGCAGGUGCUAUUUGUGAGUCCUCAGGGAGUGCUGGGUCUCAUGAGGAGUCCAGUGAAAUGGGUGAGCAGCACCAGGGCUGCCUAAGCAAGACAAGUGUCAUGACUACUUCCCGGCCAAAGGCCACUCAGAGGAAAGGCUCCAGUCCUCCCACGGUGAGUCCCUCAUCUUUGAGGAACAAGGACUCACAGGCAGAGGAAAGUAGACAGGGUUCCAGGUGCCCCCAGGCUAGGGGUAGGUCUGUGAUGGGAUCGCCCCUGGUUUCAGAUCAAUCUGGCUCUGCGGAUACUGCAGAAAGCUGUUCUCUGCCUUCUGCCUGUGCCUCAGUCCCAGGCAGAAGAAAGCAGGAGGGCAGAUCCAGGGCUGUGUCCUCUCCCAGCAUUUCCAGCCACAGCCGAGGGGCCCGGAUAGACCACCCCAGGCGGCACCCCAACCGAAGGGACAUCCACUGCCCGCUUGACUCAGCUGUUCCCAGGCAAGUGCCGGGGCCUUCUAGUGGAGGCAGGGCCUGUCCAGAUAACCCAGCACCACACCUUUCUGGAAGCUCACCUAGUGCCAGGAACCAGGCUUCCUGGGACGCAGGGCCUCCCUCCUCUGCCUCUCUUCAUUCCCAGGAUGUACAGGGGAUUAGCAGUGCUCUCAUGACCCCUGUGAGCAAUUCUGACUGUACUUCCAAUUUCUAUCCCCCAUACUCUCCCUCUGCUGAGACUGAAGGUCACUCUGAGCUCAGGGCACGGUCACCAGCUCCCUCACCUUCCAACACAUCAGACCCUUUGAGCAUCCAAGCUGAUGGCCUGGACAAAAAGGCAGGGAAUGACCUUCCCAAGCCUUCCUGGCCUUUAGUUCCACCAGUUGGAGAGCCUGAGGGAGGGAUGCCAGGAGCCCACCGAGACUGCUGCUGCUCACCAAUCAGCACACCCCUGUUCCAUGAGACCCCCAGUGAUAACACUCAGACCCUACAGACCUCCCAGCCAUCAGGCAGCCAGGGGCCCUCCUCUGAGGUCUCCUUGGUAUGCAGCAGGUACUGUCCCACCCCCCCGAGGACAUGGCCUUUUGUCAAGAAACACCCUUCAGGCAGCAGUAGCCUUGGUGCUGACUGGGAGCCAGACGGGAGAAAGCUGGAGGAGGAAAAGCUAGAUGCACGGCCCCCACGGCCCCCGGGGUCUCAGUCAGGGGCCAUGGGGAAAGCAGUCAAAGCCUUGAGAAAGGGCAGCUCUAGCUGUGGUCCCAGGUCUGGGAGAAUGUUACAGGGGAAGGUUGCUGGUGGAGGGGAAAGCCUGGAGGAGCAAGAGGAAGAUGGCAGAAUGAUGCUGGGUGCCCUACCCCGAGCCUCACCAGAUGCUGUGGUCCGUGAAUGGCUGAGCAACAUCCCGGAGGAGCCCAUACCCAUGAAAUGUGAGACGGUGGAUGAGAGUACAGUUGUGGUGGGGGGUGAUCCAGAAGGCCCCAAGGAGGACAAUGCUGACAAACAUUCCCAGGAAGGUCUAGGGGAGCCAGUUCUGGCCAGACAACUGUCCCAUGAAGGGGUCACCAGUGAAAAAGCAGAAUCAGAUGGUGCCCUCCCAGUGAUUAGUGAUGCUCAUUCCAAGUCAGGAGAGGGCCAUCCUUGUAGCAGAGUUUCAGAAGUCCCCAGGGAGACUGGAUCAGGCAAAGGAAUGGCUGUGGACUGUGGUGUGGGCCAGUGUGUGCUUCCUCACAAGGUCUCUGCCUCCAUACAGAUCAUGAAGGUGCUGAUGGGCUCCAAGCAGGGGCGGCCCAGCAGUUUGCCUGAGGUGUCCAGUACAGUGGGCAGGAGGCUUAGCCACUCUGCCCGGGCCCUUAUCACCUGUCUUGCUGGGCUCCACUUCUUUGAUGAAGACCUUAGGUCUCCUACUGACAAAGUGAGGUUCACAGAGUCUCCUCGGUACCAGGAGCUCCUGAGCACCUUCCAGGCCCUAUGGCCAGGGUGUGGCUGCAGGCAAGGUGAGCUGGAUUCUGGCCUCUGGGAGCUUGGCUGGUGCAAGGCUCUGCCAGGCCUCAGGUCCCAUGUCAUGACUGAGGACUUCACACCAACGUCCUCAUCUGGUGUGGAUGUUGGCAGUGGCUCCGGAGGCUCAGGGGAGGGCAGUGGACCCUGUGCCAUGGACAGCGCCCUGGUCCCUGAGAGGAUAGAGCUGCCCUUGAAAAUCCCCUCCCAGAGGCCUGAUUCUAGAACCUCCAAGAACCAAGAGGAUCCAGAAAAACAACAGUCCAGUGUUUCUACAGCCUCUUCAAACUCCCAAGAAUGGGCUUGUGCCACCAGGAAAGACAAGGCAGAAAGAAACAGCGGGGAGCAGGUGCUGGGCAGUAACCUGGAUCAAGUAGUUGAAAACGCAAUGCAAGAAGAGGAGGUACAACUAGAGAAAGUUGAAGAAGAAAAAGAAAUAGCAGAACUGCCAGGAGAGGGUGUCCAAGGAUCUCCAGAAGAGGGAAGAGUCAUGGGACAAGAAUUGUCAGAGGCUGACUCUGACAAUGGGGAAGGUGCACAGGAAGAUAAGAGUGUGCAGGAAGAGGAAGCAGGAGGAGACCCUGCCUCCACCACACUUUGCCCUCCAGGGACAAGAGAGAAACCACCAGAGCCCCCUAGGAGCCCUAGCAGGAGGGAUCCAGAUGCCAGCGAAAGUCAGAGUGGCCCCAACAAUGAGCCUGGCUUGGAGAAGCCACCCCAAACAACUGAGACAAGCCAUGAGCAAACCCAGACCAAGUUCUUGCAGGGGCCUGGGGAGAAGAGCUCUUCUACAGCCUGCAGAGUGUCCCUGGAUCCUGACAUCCUCUGGGUGACCAAGUUGCUAAAGAGGAUGGAGAAAGCUUUCAUGGCUGACCUUGCCAGAGCUACAGCCGAGAUCCGAGCCCGCUGGAGCCUGCAGAGCAAUGACCUUCUGGACCAAAUGGUGGCAGAGUUACAGCAGGAUGUGGGCCAGCGGCUCCAGGAUAGCACUGAGAAAGAGCUCCACAAGAUCCAGAGCCGGGCAGCGGGGAGGAUGCCAGGGCCAGCGAGGGAAGCCCUCAGGUGGGAGAUGUCCCUGCAGACAGAGCAGCGCAGGCGUCGUCUCCGGGACCUGCGCAACCUCUCGGCUUUCUCCGAGCAGGCUCGAAGCCAGGGGCUCCUGUCCUUCCCUGUGGAGGAUGUGCCAACCCUCCAUGGAGCCCUGGGGACCUGGCUGGUUGGGGAGCCUGAGGGGGAGGAGUUUUGUCCCUGUGAGGCCUGCAUGAGAAAGAAAGUGAUCCCUACAUCCCCGAAAGACACAAAGGGGGUAACCAGUGCACCCAUCAAAAAGGCCUUUGACCUGCAGCACAUUCUGCAAAAGAAGAAAGGAGGGUGUGCUAAUGGGGAGGCAGCAGAGACAGUCCCAGAGAAGAGAGAGAUGGAGCUUCUCCAGGGGGACGCCUCAGGGAUAGGGACUAUUGACAAUGAAGGCCUGGAGCUGGGGUUAGGCCAGGAUCCUGGGACAGAGGAGGGGGGUGAGGAUGAGAGCAGCCAGAGCCUUGGCAGGGAUGGAGACCCCCAAGUGGGAGAGGAGGGUGAAGUUUCUCAGAAUGGAGAAGAGAAAACAGAUCCCGGGCAAGGCAGUGUCUUUGAGGGAGUGGGCAGGGAGGAGCAGGGCUUUGGUGAGAAGGAUGAAAACACAGAGAAGGGCUCUAGAGCUGAAGGCAGUUUGGAAGGUGAAGCCUGGGGAGAAGGUGACCAAAGUCCAGAGGGACAGAAUGAUGGUGCUGUAACUACAGAGGGAGACAGGAAGCCAGAGUCAGUGGGAGGAGAUCAAGGUGAGAAAGAAGGUAGCUCACAAGCUGUCUGGGUACAGGGCCAACAAGGUGAAACUUCUGGAAACAGCAGCCCAGACCAAGAGGGGAAGCCAGCAAUGCUCCCUACCCCAGAUGGAGACACCCCCUGCCAAAGGUCAGGCUGGAAAGCAGGUCUUGCCUCCUCCAGCACCUUUUCUCUGGGAAAUUGCUCUCAGCUCUCUCAGAAAGGCUCUGAAGAAAAGCCUUCGAAUGGAGACAUGAGGAGCAUCGAAGAUGAGUCCAAGGGAAUCCCUAGUCCAGAGAGAAAAGUCACAGGCAUGUAUCCAGAAAGCUCCACUUCUGAGCAAGAAGUGGCACCCUUGGGCCCAAGGACUCCAGAGCAGGAGGUAGGUGAGGCCUCUGGCCUAGAAGCUGAGAAUGUAAUUGAAAGUCUCUCUUUCACAGAAAUGAGGUCUAAAAACCUCACCAAGGACAGGACAGAUGGCUUUGGCCAAGAUGACUUAGAUUUCUAGAGAUCCAGCUGCAAGGUGGUCACAAGUCUGUUUUUAUUAGUAGUUUGUCUACAAAUCUGAGCGUGGCUGGGUCCCCUACAGAUGCACAGAGAGCAUGGAGAACGAUCAGGGCUUGCCAAGGACAUGGUCAUACCACGCUGUCCCUGGGUUCUAAAUUCUGAAGCUUCCCAAGGCCUCCCUGGCCAAUCCCAUGCACGUUGUGAAGAAGGCUUAUCUCAGACCUGCCCUGUUACCUGAGGGCCACUGGACUCUUCCAUUUUCCUGUUUGAGUCCAAGAAGACGGACCUGACUGGAAAUGUUCCAGGAGCAUUUUGUUUAUGUGUUUGUUUUUUGCUCUCAUUCUUUUGCCUAUUGAUCUCCAGUUAUUUUUCUCCUUGGCCUCUCUUGGCAUUCACCUCAUUUGACUUUGAGGUGCUUUUUUCUAAUCUUGAAUGUAUUUGGCGACUCUGCAGAUGUGAAUACUUGGAAAAAAUGAAUAAAUUCAGGGUCAUUGGACAAAGUUUGUUCUCA